CUCGAAACUCAUGCCGAACCGCACGCAUCGCCUUCUGUUCUCUCUCGCAUAUUCCUGCCCAACGAUUCACUUUCUCUCUCUCCCCAUCUGAUUCUCGCGUCCCUUCGUCUUCUGCGUUCUGAUCGCGUCCUUUCCUUCUCCGCCUGCUCACGGAUUCGCCGGGAUCCGCAACGAGAAGCGUCGCCGUCCCCUCCGAAACCGAUCCCCCCCGUCGCCGAUUCCGACAGCUUCGCGAGGGUUUUCGCGGCAGCGCGCGGAGUUUUGAUGUCUGUGGAUGAGUUAAGUUUUCUGGGUCAAGGCCUCGUACCGCGUCGCUUUGGAUGGAUCUGCCUCGCGUAGCCUGAACAACUGGAACUUGUGUAUUGUUAGAUAUGGAAGCCGGGCCGGCGAGGGGCAAUGGUGAUGCUGAUUUAAGGGAACAUCCUCCUUCAGCUCUAGGUGGGGAUGAUCCCACAUUUGAGAUUAAGAGGCUAUACUCGUCGUCCUCGUCCGAGUCGUCGUCAGCAGACUCCAUUGAGCUAGCGGUGAAAGGGAAUAGCGCUUCUGAUGCGGGUUCACAUGGCCACCUUACCCAUGACGAUGGCCAUGAAUCAGUUCCAAGACACGGAGGAGGAGGAGGAGACAUUCCGGUCAGCUCGAUGCCCAAGAUCGAAUCAUCUGAAAGUGGUUCGUCGGACAGUGUGCAUGAUUUGAGCUCGAACAAUGGGUCGGCAAAGCAACUUCCUCCGAUUCAGGUGAUGGAGCGAACGGGUGACGUCACGGGCAGUCCUUCUCCAUACAGGAUUCCUUCUUCCGUGUUCGCCAGAACCAAAUCGACAGCCCCGAUGGAAUGGAGCACCGCUUCCAAUGAAUCAUUGUUCAGUAUCCAGAUGGGAAAUGCGAGUUUUACUAGAGACCAAAUAUACUGGGUUGGCAAAUCUCAAGAGCUCAGCAUGUACGGUGCACCGCCUAUUCCUCCGGUGCCGAUGGAUUAUGCCAGCCCAACUCCAGUCAAUAAAUCAACCGAAAUUGGCUUAAGCACUACGAAUGUGGGCGAGCGUCAAAGUGCGCCUACCCCGGCUGCUCAUCCACCGGAGGAUCCAAAGGAAAGCGUAAAUCAUAGUAAAGAAACUUUUCCUUGGCCAGAGGUUACUUAUUCUUCCAGUCCGUCACACCAUUCCGAUGCAAGUGGAGCCAGCGUUAAAUCCUUUGCCUUUCCAAUAUUGUCCAGAGAUGCGGCCAGAAGUGGCUCGCUGAGGGUCGGUCCAAACGGCAUGAAGCCACUGACGUCAUUCGUACAAGCAAAGUCAGAACCACAGGCUCCGAAGCCGCCGCCUCCUAAGGCGGCAUCCGGCAUGGGUCAGGCCAGAUGGUUCUCUUGCUUUCCUUGUUGGUCAAUCUGUUCUUCGGGCUGACGAUCCGGGCAGUCUUUUCAGGCACCUUUGUUCGACGUUAGAUUCCAGGUACUCCUCCGUGGCCUGCAGAGUUUUUUUUUUUCUGUCUUUUCGGUUUUGGAUCGUUCAGAUUCACCUGCGACUGUGAAUUGCACAAUCAGUCUAUCGGUGGAAUUGUAUGAUAGGCCCUUGAUUCAGAUGUUCAUAGACGAUCUUUUAGUUGGUUGAAGGAAUUUUUUUGCCGGUACUCAGUAGCGAAAACUGCUAUUUGAUCUGCGAGCCAAAGAUGCACCUCAAUAUCCAAACGUACAGGUUUUCUCAUGCUCCUGUUGUGCAAUAUA